AGACCCAGAGACCUCAGGGCCAGGCUUCAGCUGCUAAAUGAGCCCGGCUGGCUUUGUGUAUGCAGGUUUAAUCAGUAGCUCACAUUGUAGGCGCUCCACUGUUGAUGACAGAUGAAUGUGUGUGCCCCUUUAAACGGCUCUCCUCCCCGUCUCCUUCCCACCGUGUCGCUCUCUUCCCCAUUUCGCUGCUUUGUUUUCAUUGUCGCUCUUUCUGAUCAUGGCUGCUCAUUCUACCGAGGAACCGUUCCCCUUCCACGGGCUGCUCCCCAAGAAAGAAACCGGCGCCACGUCCUAUCUCACCAGGUUCCCCGAGUACGAUGGCCGGGGAGUGCUCAUCGCUAUCCUCGACACCGGCGUGGAUCCCGGGGCCCCCGGCAUGCAGGUCACAACUGAGGGGAAGCCAAAGAUCAUCGACAUCAUCGACACAACAGGCAGUGGGGAUGUGAACAUGACCACAGUGGCAGAACCUAAAGAUGGGACAAUCGUCGGCCUCUCUGGGAGAACGCUCAAGAUCCCUCCUGCCUGGGUCAAUCCAUCUGGGAAGUAUCGCAUUGGAGUUAAAAAUGGAUACGAGUUCUUCCCUAAGGCUCUUAAAGAAAGAAUACAGAAAGAGCGAAAGGAGAAAAUGUGGGACCCAGCACACAGAGCAGCCCUUGCUGAGGUCUCUCGCAAGACAGAAGAGUUUGACCUCUCUCACCCAACACCCUCACAGAUGGAGAAGUUGCAGAAAGAAGAGCUGCAGAGUCAGUCCGAGCUGCUGGCAUCACUAGAAAAGAAGUACAGUGAUCCUGGUCCUGUAUAUGACUGUGUGCUGUGGCAUGACGGUGUCACAUGGAGAGCUGUAGUCGACACUUCAGAGUGUGGAGAGCUCUCCCAGUGCACGGUGCUGAGCUCUUACAGAGAAAUGCAAGAGUACGCCUCGUUAGGAAAUGCUGAAAUGCUGAACUACUCUGUAAAUAUUUAUGACGAGGGAAACACACUCUGCAUUGUCACCAGUGGAGGGGCUCAUGGGACACAUGUAGCGAGCAUUGCAGCAGGUUACUUCCCAGAGGAACCUGAGCGCAACGGUGUGGCCCCCGGUGCUCAAGUCCUGGCCCUGAAGAUCGGCGACACUCGCCUCAGCACCAUGGAAACAGGCACAGGACUCAUCCGCGCGAUGAUUGAAGUCAUCAACUACAAGUGUGACCUGGUUAACUAUAGCUAUGGGGAAGCCACCCACUGGCCCAAUUCAGGGAGGAUUUGUGAGGUGAUCACAGAGGCCGUGCAGAAGCACAAUGUGAUGUUUGUUUCAAGUGCAGGAAACAACGGCCCGUGUCUGUCCACAGUUGGCUGCCCGGGGGGAACCACCAGCAGUGUCAUAGGAGUUGGAGCUUAUGUGACUCCAGACAUGAUGGUGGCAGAGUACUCCCUGAGGGAGAAGCUGCCCCCAAACCAGUACACCUGGUCAUCCAGGGGUCCCAGUACAGAUGGGGCCCUGGGGGUCAGCAUCAGUGCUCCUGGUGGUGCCAUCGCAUCUGUACCCAACUGGACUCUUCGUGGCACCCAGCUGAUGAAUGGCACAUCUAUGUCAUCUCCUAAUGCCUGUGGAGGCAUCGCACUCGUCCUCUCAGGUCUGAAGCAGAACGGAAUCAGUCCUUCUGUUCCUGCUGUGAGGAGAGCGCUGGAGAACACAGCUCUGAAGGUCGAUGACAUCGAGGUGUUUGCACAGGGCCACGGGAUAAUCCAGGUGGAUAAGGCAUUAGACUACCUCACUCAACACGCCUCUUUACCCACAAGCCAUCUAGGCUUCUCAGUAAGUGUGGGAACACAGAAAGGCAUCUACCUCAGGGACCCAGCUCAAAUUCUUUCACCCUCAGACCAUGGCGUAGGAAUUGAACCCAUCUUCCCAGAGAAUACCGGAAACUCUGAGCGAAUCUCCUUACAGCUACACUUGGCGUUAACAUGUGCCGCCCCGUGGGUCCAGUGUCCCUCCCAUCUUGAGCUGAUGAACCAGUGUCGUCACGUCAAUGUCCGAAUUGAUCCUGUGGGACUGAGAGAGGGAGUACAUUACACCGAGGUGUGUGGGUAUGACACAGCAGCACCUACCUGUGGCCCCCUGUUCAGAGUCCCUAUCACAGUUAUCAUCCCUGCCAAAGUGACAGAUAAUCGUAAUCAGGAGGUUUGUUUCACAGACGUCCACUUCAGACCAGGACAAAUCAGACGCCACUUCAUCACCGUUCCUCAGGGAGCUUCCUGGGCAGAGAUUACACUGACCUCUCAUUCAGGAGAUGUGUCGUCAAAGUUUGUUCUUCAUGCGGUGCAUCUAGUCAAGCAAAGAGCGUACAGAGCGAAUGAAUUCUACAAGUUCUCUUCGCUGUUGGAACGAGGCUCACUAACUGAGGCUUUCCCUGUGCUGUCAGGUAGGAUAGUAGAGUUGUGCAUUGCACGCUGGUGGGCGAGCCUGGGUGACGUCACGGUGGAUUACAGUAUCUCCUUCCAUGGACUCAACACUUCCCCUUCACCCCUGCACAUACAUGCUUCAGAGGGAGUGACUAGUUUUGACGUGUCGUCGCCACUGAGGUACGAGGAGGUGUCCCCCACUAUCACCCUCAAGUCUUGGGUUCAGCCUCUCAGGCCUUUAAGUUCGAAGAUAAAAGCUCUGGGAGCGAGGGAUGUUCUGCCGAAUAACAGACAACUCUACGAGAUUGUCCUCACCUACAGUUUUCACCAGCCUAAGAGUGGGGAGGUGACCCCCAGCUGUCCCAUGUUGUGUGAGCUGCUGUAUGAGUCAGAGUUUGAUAGUCAGCUCUGGAUGCUGUUUGAUCAGAACAAGAGACUAUUGGGCUCAGGGGAUGCCUAUCCACACCAGUAUUCCCUUAAGCUGGAGAAGGGGGACUAUACUGUACGUUUGCAGGUCCGCCACGAGCAGUCCAGUGAGCUGGAGCGCCUGAAGGACCUACCCUUUGUGGUUUCUCACCGUCUGUCCACCACACUCAGUCUUGAUGUGUAUGAGACGCAUCGGGCUGCCCUCAUGGCCAAGAAGAAGGCAAACUCUAUCACCUUGUGCCCAGGAGCCACACAGCCCUUCUACAUCACGUCCCUGCCAGACGACAAGAUCCCAAAGGGGACGAGUCCAGGAUGCUAUCUCUCAGGCUCUCUGGUUGUCCCGAAGAGCGAGUAUGGCAAGAAAGCAGGGCAGGCCUCUGCAAAACGACAAGGAAAGUUUAAAAAGGAUAUUGUUCCAGUCAUCUACCACUUAAUUCCCGCUCCAAACAAAACAAAGAACGGAGGGAAGGAGAAGGACAAGGACGGAGACAAAGAGAAAGAUGUUAAGGACGAGUUUGCUGAAGCCAUGAGAGACUUCAAGAUCCAGUGGAUGACAAAGUUGGACUCCAGCUCCAUCUAUGAUGAACUGAGGGAAAACUACUCAGAUUACCUCCCGCUGCACGUGCAAAGGCUUCACCAGCUGGACUCCGAAAAGGAGCGUUUGAAACGUCUCAGAGAGGUAGAAUCAGCAGCUGACAUCGUCAUCACCCAAAUCGACCAGACCGCCCUGGCUGUUUACCUCACCAUGAAGACAGACCCUCGGCCUGACGCGGCUUCUAUCAAGACUGACAUGGAGAAGCAGAAGUCGUCUCUGCUCGAUGCUCUGUGUAGGAAGGGCUGCGCUCUGGCUGACCAGCUCCUGCUGCCCUCCGCGCCGCAGGACGGCGCCAUUUCUGCCGCCACGGGUCAAACGGCAGCAGAACAGGAAGUAGUGGAACAGGUGCCCAGCAGCUCUGACGACUCCCUGCAGAACGUGGCUAAAGCCCUGAUGGACACCUUCUGGGAGGUGCAGAAGUGGGCAGAGCUAACUGACUCCAAGGUGUUGAUGUUUUCAUACAAACACGCUCUUGUGAACAAGAUGUACGGCCGAGCCUUAAAAUACGCCUCAAAGAUGGUGGAGGAGAAGCCGAGCAAAGAGAACAUGAGGAACUGCAUCCAGCUUAUGCGUCACCUCCGAUGGACACACUGCGCCACCUUCAGCGAGAACUGGCUGCCUGUCAUGUACCCCGCAGACUACACACCAUUCUAGACACACACACACACACACACACACACACACACACACACACACACACACACACACACACGCAUGAGCAGCAUGGCCACACAUGGUCCAUUACAUGGUAACUUUCAAUAUCAUGUCCCUCAGGGUCACAUGGUCUAUGCAUCUGGUUUUCAAACUUAGAUGUCGGUGAACGCCAUAACAAAGGACAACACUGAGUGUGAGCGGGUUGAUGCACUCGAUACCUUACGAGGCAAAUUCAUCCUGUCUUUAGAAACUUUUGCCAAGGCUUGUUGAUACCUUUAGAUUUCUCAGUUGAGUGUUGUCCUUCAUUUUGGUGUUAUCUGCAUAUUUAGAGGCUUUCACAUGCACCCAUCUUCAGCUGUCCGGACUCCAUAUCAUAUAAAAAAAAAAAAAAAACUAAUUAUCUCCUGUAAAUACUAAAGCAAGGGCCAGUGUGGACUAAAAAAAAAAGAAGAAAAGAAAAACUGUUUCCCCAUUGACUCACUUUGAAAAAUUUGACAGCAAAAAAGUUCACAGCUGGCCGGAGAGGAGGACUCGCUGCUGCACGAUGUUUGGACACAACAGGACGCACCUGAUCCCUGAAUAUGGAUAUGACUUGGACAGAACUUAAAAUCUUUUUCCUUUCUUUUUUGACCUGGUUGAUACACAUUUAGUCUUGUCUGUCUUUCUAAAGGCUUGUGCACACAGUCUCUAAACACAAACUAGUGUUGAGGUGCCUUCCUACAUGUACCUUACCUUUUUCUGAUGAGAUGAAAAGUGGUGCGCGGGUUUGAAGCGUGAGUCAACACUCAGCUGCUUGCAGUCAUUUCACCCAUCAGCCUUUGGUGUCAAACGUGGUUUUGAAGGCUCAUAUCAGCAGAAGGCUCAUACGGUUUGUCCGUAAUCAGAAGAAUUCUGGGCGUCUACUUACCUCCACAAGGUGUUGGCCACCCAGUUCUUACUCCUGAUACCUGAGCAGCACAUUUGACGACAAUCUUAACAGACCUCACAAACAUAACAGAUGCAGUUGUGGGCAGCGGCCGGAUGUUCCGAUCAGAUUUCAUUGUGAAAUGUUCCCACAGUGUUAGUCCUUUCUCUGCAGCAUUCAGAAUGUUGCGUUUGUACACAGUGUCAUAAAAUAAUGUACAUACACACAUAACAUAAAAAAUAUUAAGAUGCAAUAGGUAUAUAAUACAAAUAUUAUUCUAAUUGAUGUAUUUUGCGUAUAUGCAUGUCUUUUAGGAUGUAAGGAAAACAAUAGUUUUAUUUGAAAGCAGAUUUUAGUUUGUUUCAACUUGAAAGAUUUUUAAUCCCAAACAAGAUUCUGACAAUAUCCACUGUUGUUCUUCUCAUGAGUGUGUGUUUGUGGAUGACUUUACAUGUAUUUGUGAGCAUAUUUUGUGUACAUGAAGAUUUUCUUCCAACAAAAUCGAAAUCAUAGCCAUUUAGACGCCGUGGAUGUGCAGUUUGUAUUUUUGUUUUUCUUCAGAUACCAUAUUUACUUUAAUGGACCAUGCCAGUGGUUUUAUGUUUCACCUGAUUUACUACAAAUCAGAACUGAUCAUCAUCACAUGAUUUCAAGCCAGGCAACACUGGUUUGAGUUGUAUAAAUCCAGAGUGAACACAAGGUCCGCAUUAAAAGCCCUGAAAAACACAUUUCUCAGUCAUGGUUUUGCUGUGAUAGAUUGGUUCCCAGAGAUUGUGAGUCUCAUCGGUUUUUCUGCAACAAGUGUGCUGUUUGUAGCAGAAAUACACUUGAAAACGGUCUGUGGACAGUCGUAUUGACACCAUACCAGCGUCUCACUGCAGUUUAAUGUCUGUAUCAUAUAGUUUUUGCCUGUCUCUUUAUAAACACUUCAUUGUUGUUGUGUUUUGUUUUUUUUUUUUUUAGAAUUAUCAAAGGCAAACUGUAAAAAGAUGGAGCUGGCAGUACCAGUUCAGCAGUUCAGCAACGCAGCUGUCACUGCACACAAAAGAUCUGUGUUUCAGCCAUUCUGACUUAUUCAAUCAAAGUUGCAGUAUUGGUAAUUGAUCUGGAAAGUCCAAUGGUGCAACUUUGGCAAGCAUGAAUGCAGACUUGUUGUUCACUGUGAUCAAUUAUGGCAUCUUAAAGGAGUAAUCUAUCACAUUGUUGUCACAAAUUUGGAAGAUCCCGU